UUAUCGUACUAAUAGUCAUCGGCGCGUCAAAAAUUCCUAUGACAAGACACUUGACUGAUUAUUAUAUUAUUUUGAUGAUAUAAAAUAAUUUUACUGCAAUAUGACUACACCAGGAACCUCGGCGUCAUCACCAGCUGUGCAAGAGUUUAAAAUUCGAGUCCCAAAGAAUGUGAAAAAGAAACAUCAUGUGAUGCGUUUUAAUGCCACACUGAAUGUAGACUUUGCGAAAUGGACUCAAGUCAAGAUGGAGAGGGAGAACAACAUCAAGGAAUUCAAAGGAUUAGAUGAAGAUAUGCCCAAAUUCGGCGCGGGCUCCGAGUAUGGGCGAGACAUUCGUGAAGAAGCUCGCCGUAAGAAGUUCGGGAUCAUCUCGCGAAAAUACAAGCCUGAAGAUCAACCAUGGAUACUGAAAGUGGGAGGAAAAACAGGAAAAAAGUUCAAGGGCAUCCGCGAGGGUGGCGUGUCGGAAAACGCCGCCUACUACGUGUUCACGCACGCCGCCGACUCCGCCAUCGACGCCUACCCAUUACAGGAGUGGUAUAACUUUCAACCUAUCCAAAGAUACAAAGCCUUGUCUGCGGAAGAAGCCGAACAGGAAUUUGGGAGACGCAACAAAGUGAUAAACUACUUUUCACUCAUGUUCCGCAAGCGCAUGCGCGGCGACGACGCGGCCGACGACGGCGACGACCCCGACGACAAGAAGACUAAAGGUGCCAAGGCCAAGAAAGAGUUAAAAAUAUCCGAUAUGGAUGAAUGGAUCGAUUCCGACGAUGAUUCCUCCGGCUCUGAGCCUGCAGAAAAAGACAAUGAAAGUGACUCUGGCACCAAAAAGAAACCAAACAAAAAAGGACCGGUGAAGAAGAAGAAGAAGGUGGACGACGAAGCGUUCGAGGAAAGCGACGACGGCGACGAGGAGGGCCGCGAGCGUGACUACAUCUCCGACUCCUCCGACAGUGAAACAGAUAACGAGGCGAAGGCGAGCAAAGAACUCAAGGGCGUCGCAGAAGAAGACGCACUCAGGAAGCUGCUGACGUCGGACGAGGACAGCGAGGAGGAGCAGGAGCAGAAGGAGGCGUCGGAGCCGGAGGACGAGCCCACGCGCGAGGGCGAGGAGCGCGCCAGCAAGCUCACCAAGAAGAAGGCCGCCAAGCCCGACGAGAGGAAGGACUCCAGCAGCGAGUUCAGCUCCGACUCGGACACGGACGCGGAGGGCGCGCCCAAGAAGGCCAAGAAACGCAAGGAGCCCGCCUCCUCCGCGACACCACACUCAGCGAGCGCGCCGGGCAGCGCCAGCACGUCUCGCUCGGGCUCGCCCGCGCCCGCAGCCGCGGCUGCUGCCGCCGCAGCCGCCGCCGCCGCCGCACCGCCCGCCAAGCGGCCCAAGAUCGACCCUUCCUACACCGAGUGCGGCGUGACGGAGGAGGCGGUGCGGCGCUACCUGGCGCGCAAGCCCAUGACCACCACGGAGCUGCUCACCAAGUUCAAGUCCAAGCUCACCGGCGUCAGCUCCGAGCGCCUGCUGGAGACCAUGACGCAGAUCCUCAAGCGCAUCAACCCCGUCAAGCAGAACAUCAACGGCAAGAUGUAUUUAAGUAUCAAAAACAACUAACUUGCUAAUAACUCUUAGUAAAUGUAAGAAUAAUUGCGCUCGAUGUUGCGUCUGGAUGACACUCGCAGAAUGUUCAAAUGUAUCAGCGCCAUCCAGUAACUAUUAAGAGGCCCAUUGAUUACCAGUCCGCCGCAGAACAGUUCGAACAUUUGUUCGGAGCUGUCAAAUUUUGCGUUUAACUGACAGGCUGAUAUCGGCCGACGGACUGGUAAUCAGUGGGACCCUUUAGUUAGGACCACCUCAGACUAGCGUCCUCCGUGCGUUGGCGUCUAGCUAGUCUAUUGUAUUGCUGCAGGUUGACGCAACGUUAGCGCAACUGCGCAGCGACACCAUUUUCCAUCGCGCUGACUAGACGCCGACGCUCAAAAGACGCUAGUGUGGGAUGGACCUUAUUAUCACGGACAAUUAUGUAUUUAUUUGGCUUUGUAAUUUUGACCUACAAGUCAUACCACGUCAAUAGAGUAAUUGACGUCUUGUAUGUAUACAUAUUAAAUUUAAAGCCGUCAGUUUUGUAAUCGUCAUGUAUAUACGGUUUAUUUUAUAUAGUAUUAAGUUAGUAUGUGAUAUGAUGGGUCGAGAGACUCGAGGAACACUCAUAGCACUGAAAGGGUCCGAUAUAGGCCCCGGAACUGGUCAUUUCAACACAGUAACCAUUAUGAGAGUCCUCUCCAUAUAGUAUUGUAACCACGGUUUAGGCGGGCUAGCUCGCCAGGGAUGAAACUAACUUCUAUAAGUAUGACGUAAUACAAAAUAAACAAACAAACCUGCGUAAAAUAUAUGUUGUAGUAAGUAAUAAAGUGUCGAUCUCGUUUCGGCGGCCAAGAUUCUCUUUGGAUCAUUGAGCCAAGAUAGUUAGUAAAUAAAAAAAAAUGGUCACUGGCAUUCAAACACACAGCGGCUCGCUUAUGAACCUCUUCAUUCAAAUUGAACUGCACGAGUACCGUUUCAGCGAACACCGCGACAGCCCCUCUCGCGCGAAAUAGACUACUCGUCAUUUUCUAACUGUAUUUCUUAGAGUGGGACGGGAAGUCUAUCGUGCGGGCGAGAUACUGCCGCGGCGCUCCUAUCCUAAGCUUGGUGAUCAUAGGAUCUUCUCCGUGAUUAGGAUCAAUUUUGAUUCAGAAAGUGAAUCAAUUUAUCUUGGACUUUAACCCUUUUUUAUUGUUGGCUGACGACGGAAUUGGAUAUCCAUAGUGUAUGUGCACUAAAUUAUUGAUCUAAGUAAUUGAUAUUUUCAAAUAGGUACAUAUAAUCGAAUUUAAACUGUUGUGAGACAUACUAACAUUGAAUAAUUUUACGGUUUAGACUCACUUGUUUUUAGUCACUCGCACACACGUAUGUGUAUGUACACAUACAUAUAUUUUCUCAAACAUGCAAUGAAAUAUUGAUGUUAUGUUCCUUAUAAUAGGCUGCGAAGUAUGACGUUUCAGGUGCGGCUAGGACAAAAGGUCGUUAAUGGAAUUUCAUACACAUCUUGCAGGCCUAGGCCGGCAAAGUCCUCUUUUUUAAUUUUCAUUUCACAGAUAUUUGUGACACAGCAUCGUGGCAUUCAUCCAUAAAAAAACUAGAGGCAGUAUUUGCUUUAUGGUUCGUAAUGACACUCUGCCACUACGCCUAUAAAAAAAAAACAAAAAACAAUGUUUGCUUUAAUUUGCAGUUUUAUUUGUAUAAAAUCAACGUGAACUUAAUAAAUAAUACAUUCUAUAAUUUUAUAAUUUUAAAUUAUAAAUUUAACUACACAAAUAAAAACAUUUAAAAUAUUUCAUCUAAACGUUAGCGGUAAAAAGGUCUACUCAAACACGCGUAGUUAUAUUUUUUAAAUUGUUAUGGAGGUAAAGUUGAAAAAUAUUCAUUCUGUUUUAUUGGAUUUAUGGUGCGUUGUUGAUUUUUUGACUUUAAUAUGAGCUACGACGAAAUAAUGAAAUUAAUAUUAAUUGUAAUCGUAGGUGUUGGAAUUGGCAGCGUAAGCAGAAUUGAUUUUAAUAACUUGCUGCCUCUGCCGCCAAGUCAAAGACGAAGUAUGUAUAUGGUUGCUUAUGGCAAUUUUAUUAUUUGAGAAACUAAGAAAAAUGGCUUACAGUUUAUUAGAAACAGUUUUGUGGCAUAUUUUAAAUGAAUGUAACUACAAAUUCGUCAACACUGUGGAAAUUAUACUUAUUUACUCCAUGCAUAAAGCAACGAUGUAUGUGAAACAUGAUAUCAACAUGAAAGACUAUGUAAACUUAUGUGACGAAAACGACAGUCAGACGGAUACAAGGCGAUAAAAUCAAAGAUACAUGAAAAUAUACGGUUAGUAAAAAUACACGACUGGUGUAAAACAUACGCGUGAUAAUGAUAUAGGUACGUGUUGGUUAUAUUUUGGGUGUAGUUUACUUUUAGUUUUUUCUAUAAAUAAAACUUGGGUUUCGUGGAUUUUUUAUUGUAUUUAUUUCAUUGCAUGUUUGAGAAAAGCACUAAUACAUACCUCGGCGGGAAAUGGGGUUGCCCGCGCUCAGACCUAUUCGGCCUCGCUUCGCUCGGCCGUCUAUAUGUCUUCGGCCGGCAACCCCUUUCGUCCCGGCCUCUGUAGUAAUGUACUAUUAUUACAACGUUUAUUACAUUGUUUUACUUCGGCCAUACUAGUAUUACUGAAUGGUUGGUGGUACCUGCUCGUCUAUGGGGACUGGGGCUUGUAGGUGCCUGAACCAGGCUUAAUUAUUUUCAUUAUUAUAUUAUCACACAACUGCCGAAUAAAAUAAGUGUAAGUAGGUACCUAUUAUUUGCAUGGUUAAUGUUUGUAUGUAUGUGAAUUUCUCUAUUUAUUCCACCAUAACUUCUGAAUGUAUUUACCAUUGAAUAUGUAUAAGGCAGCGUAUAAGGUAUAUAGGCGGGUGACAUAUGUAAGUACUGAAUUUGAAAAUAUCAAACAGAGAAAUAAGAAUAAAAACGAUAUAUUAAGAUAUCAGGAACGAGAAAAUAAAUAUAUAAUUAUAAAACUUAAAAAUAUAGUGAAAUGGUGUAGCUUUUUGGAUCAAAUACCGCAAAAAUGGAAGCUAACUUUGUAAUUUAUUUGUAAAAUACUGUGUUCCAAAAUUGAUUUUCAUGGAAUCCUAGAAAUUAAUGUAAGGUAGGUACCGUCGCCCACGCUGUUAACUGUACAUCGGUGGACCUUAUGCCUUUUGUAAUAAGGUCCACCGAUAUACAGGUAGGAGUGUUAUUGUUUAUACUUUUACCGAUAUUUAUUAUUUUUAGCGCAAAACAAUUAUAGUAUUUUUUUAUUCUUUUCCUUUGUUUUAUCAUCAUUUUUCUUUCAUUUCUCAUCAUUCAUUAAUCUUUGUCUUGUAAGUUUGGUAUUUAUUCCAAACAAAAUGGUUUCCCAAGUGUUUUAAAUUAUUUUAAAAGUCCCUCGAUACGCUCAGGAUUCUUUUUAUUAUAGUAUUAUAUUAAUGUUUACCGUUAUCAUGUUUUCUCGGGACUCUAAAUUAGGUAUAAUCCAGUAACUUUGUCGUAUUUUGUAACCUGGCUUUUUUGCGUCAAAUCCGGUAGUUCUGAUUUUUUGCAGACUUAUUUAUGAUGUUGGCCCAAUGAAUAAUACAAGUUUGUGACUUCGAGCGCCGAACGCAACUUUGUCAAAUAUCGAAAAAUUCGCGAAAUUUUCGGUUAUCUUUUAGAUUUGGGCGAUUAUAAUCCUAAAGGACUAGUUUUUGAUACUGCCUUCUCAGGGCGUUUUUAAAGUGGACUAGAUUGGCUACAGUACGAGACUAGAAUUGUCUCUGUACAUUUAAUAGUUUCCGAGAUAGUCUUUCAAAGUUUUUUUUUUUUCGAACUUGUAUUCGUAGGCUAAGUAAAUGCAGUGAGUAUGAACUUUUGUCUCAGGCGAUGCCGCUUGGCACAAUUGUUUCUAAGGUCAAACAAAGGUGAUUUGAGCCGGUAGACACGAGAUCGUACCGUGCCUACCUCCCAAAAAAGGGGGGGAAAUGGUCGGCUCCCCAGGUGCAAUCUAUGCUAUAUUUCUUCCUGCUCUUAGCAACUAGGGCAAGUUAUAUAUCAUUUUCAUAUAAUUUAAGGACAAGCACAUUAUAUUCAUACUUUUAAAACGCCAAGUUAAGUGUUUUUUUUUUUACAUUUUUAAACUUUGACUUUGGCCAUAAUUACAUUUCUAUGGAAAUCGUCACUCAAUCCGCUACAUAUUUUUCCAAAAAAAUGUAUGACUGCCUGCUUUGAAGUGAUACUUAAUAGAAUAAGGAAUUAUUAUUAUUAUUAUUCUCUUUAUUCAUUUCUCAUCUUAAGUUAGGUUAUUUAUAAUAUGAAUAUAAAAGUAAAAUAUAAAAACACUUACAAAACAAUAAAAAUUAAUAUAAACACAUUAUAAAAAACCUAACCUAGGGUGCCGCCAGCAGCGGGGCAAGGCCCAAGCUACCGGUGGUCAGGGCUGCAGAGAGAGGAACCGGCGGACUAUCCGCGCCGUGUCCAAGAUCACCGCCUUCUGCAUCUGACCCUUGAUCCAACCACCUAGCGAGAGUCUCUCAAGAUGUUGGUCGAGACUCUUCGCUAUCAGACCGUUCACUGAAACGACUAUCGGGACAAUGAUCG